GGAAAAAAGCGCCUGAACAUAUUUGUUCUGUCUCGCUGCGCUGGAAGAAGCAGGACACGGCCGUGUCCGUGCCAAGGAGAAGGCGUAAACUUCCUCCAAACAUUUCCUGCGCCGUCUCCUGUUUUCGUAAAAAAGUUUCUGCGACUCUUUCGUACCGAGAGGAGUUUUUUUUGUUGUUGUGUUUUUUUUGUUGAAUCUAAUUAGUUGUUCUCUCACCACCUGGUUGCUUCUUUUUCUCUGAGGAAAGAUUUCGGCGUUUUUUGUGUGUGUGCCCUCAAACGUGUUUUCUGCAGACAUGGACUGGGGAACAGACCUGUGGGACCAGUAUGAUCACAUGGACAAGCACACGCAGUCGGGCAUCGACCUGGUGGACCGCUACAUCAAGUUUGUGAAGGAACGGACGGAAAUAGAGCAGACCUACGCCAAACAGCUCAGGAGUCUAUCAAAGAAAUAUGCCAAACGAGGGAGCAAAGAGGAGCAAGACUGCAGAUUCAGCAAUCACGCGUCAUUCCAGGAGAUCCUGAACGAGCUGAACGACUACGCCGGCCAGCGGGAGCUCAUCGCGGAAAACAUGAUGACCGGCAUCUGCGUGGAGCUCACCAAGUACCUUCAGGACAUCAAACUGGAACGCAAAACCCACCUCUCUGAUGCCAAGAAGGCCCAGCAGUUUUUAGAGGGCAGCUUCAAAAACCUAGAAAGUACUAAGAAGCGCUCUGCCAAGGAAUGGGCAGAAGCUGAAAAAGCUAUCCAACAAUCAGAGAAAACAGAGAGUGACCUCAAUGCCACCAGGCUGGAUGUGGAGAAGGCCAAGCAACAUGCCCACGCACGCACACACACGGCGGAGGAGUGCAGGAACGACUACGCCGCGCAGCUCCAGAAAUACAACAAGGAACAAAACUCCUACUACUACUCGGAGAUACCGCAGAUCUUCAACAAGAUGCAGGACAUGGAUGAGCGGAGGAUCCGGCGGCUGGCGGAGGGCUACUGUCAGUUUUCAGACAUCGAGAAGAAGGUGCUGCCCAUCAUCACCAAGUGUUUAGAAGGGAUUUAUGCAGCGGGCGGGAAAAUUAAUGAGAAACAGGACUCGAUGCUGUUAAUCGAGCAGCACAAGUCUGGUUUCGAGCGACCUGCAGACUUGGAGUUUGAAGACUACACCCAAGGAAUCAAACCAGCAACCUCUGACUCCAGCCUCAACCCGCCCAAAGUGCGCGCCAAGCUCUGGCCUUUCAACAAGAAGCACAAGCCGCCUGCUGCAGAAGAUUUCUCUCACCUUCCUCCGGAGCAGAGGAAGAAGAGGCUUCAGGGAAAGAUUGAGGACAUCUCCAGAGACCUGCAGAAGACGCAGGACCAAAGCGAGGCGCUGGAGAAGAUGAAGGGGGUGUACGAGCAGAGCCCGCAGAUGGGAGACCCCUCCAGUCUGGAGCCUCAGAUCUCAGAAACCGCCCAGAACAUCAGCCGCCUGAGGGGGGAGCUCUCCAAAUAUGAGACGUGGCUGGCGGAGGCGGUGGGAGGAGAGGAGUCUUCCAAUGCCAUCAACAAUAAUAUUCAACAUAGCGUCCUCGCGGCGGACCAGUCCCAGAGCUUCUACACGGAGUUCGAUGACGAGUUUGAAGAAGUAGAAACUCCCGUCGGCCACUGCAGGGCGCUGUACACCUUCGAAGGCAAUAGCGAGGGCACCAUUUCCAUCACGGAGGGAGAGCUGUUGAGCGUCCUUGAGGACGAUAAAGGAGACGGAUGGAUGAGAGUCCUUGGAGCUGGCGGAGAUGAGGGCUAUAUACCGUCAUCCUAUGUCAAACUUGGCCCAUAACACACACACACACACACACACACACACACAUGCACAGCUUGUGACAGAAAGGUAAGUUAAGAGCCAAAGGCGAAUACAAAGUCGUCCACGAUAAGUGGAGCGACGAUAAUCUUUCCUCUCGGCCGGUGGCGUGCGCGGCGAGAUGGAAGCUCCUCCCCCUGCGGCGCUCUUCUCACCGCAGACCGCCUUCGUGGGUUUCAGCUCUUUUGAAUCCAAAAACUUGUGAAUGUAUCCCUGAACUGCGUUAAAGUGACGACUAGCGUAACAUAUUCAGCACCAUAGUAGCCGAAGCGUUGCAUAUCUUUACGUUGAUAUAUCUCCAUCCACUUGACUCCUCCCCCCACACACACACACAAACUGCCCACUCCAAUAACCUGCUGAUCCCGUUCUCUCUGAAACACCCUCGGCCCUCAACGGCUUUCCUUAAUGCGAGUGUUUUUUUUCCUUUCUUUUUAUCAUAGUGAUGUUUUAUGACUUAUAACUGGAUGAAAACCACUACUCUGAAGAACGUCUCACCCUGGGGUGUCGCUGUAAACGACCCGUUUCAAUGUUGGUUUCACGUCCGUCUUCUAACGCGCCACGUGCCCGUAUGAAUAUUGAAAUAUAUUUUGCUUGCUGCUAUUAUUCCUCUGGUAUUUUCCAAAAUUCCCUCUGUGUUGAUAUUCCUCCACUAAACUCCAAGAGGAAUGACACAUUAAUUAAAAAGGUUAAUCAAUUCUAUAUAUUUUUGCAUCACUCGCUUAUAUUGGAGUGUUUAAAGAAUCAAUAUGACCAGGAAGAAUAAUAAAAGCAUAUAAAAAAAUACUUCAAUGUACACAUGCGUUGCAUGAGUAUUGUUUUAAGACGGAUCUAAAAAUGGAAACUUGCAUAUUUCUUUUUGUGAAUUUGAGACGUGGGGUGUGAAAACAAAAACAAGUGGCAAUAAUGAUCAAAGUUCUCGUAAAAAAAAAUUUAAAAAGCAUUUAGUAUGUUAUAAUUAUUGCGUUUGAGGUUUGCAGCAUCACAGCACCGACGUCAUAAAACCAGAAGUCUGUGUGCGCAGAUCAAAAGUGCAUAACGGGCAAUUAUUAAGUCAUCAUGGGCAGAGUGGUCUCGGUUCUGGUCCUGAACUGGUUUAUAUGCUUCUCACACUUUGUCUACUGGCUUUAACCACCUGCUUUCACAUGUUGAGCCUCCACCACUGUUGUUGUUGUUGACCUCACAUUCUCCCUGCGGUAAGCUCAAGGAAAAUGUUAACGCACUUUUUAAAAUCUGAUGGGAGUGUUUAAAGACUCAAACUAAUUGGACAUUUUGUUUGUACACAUCCGAGCGCAGAGGAACUUUACUCCUUCAGCAGAGUCACUCUGCACUGAAGCUCAGACUUUACACAUCUUUUAUUGAGCCAUAUGUUUACCCAUCUCCUUUUUCUUCCCGCACUAGUAGAUAUUUUCUUAGCAUUUUAGGGGGAUUAUUGUAUGAUCCACUUUUUUUUUUUUAAAGAAAAUGUAUGUAUUUACAUGUUUUUGUUUUGAGUCAUAAAGUGAAAAGGAAAAAACAAAACACCUUCUCCUCUUUGUUUCUUUACAGUUUCAUUGGUGAGACAUGUAUUGCAUUGAAAACAUUGAAAUAAAAAACAAUUCCCAGUGUGGUCUCCUCACA